GGAUGUGAUCAAUGUUUGGCACUAAAUGUAGUGAUGUUUAUAGACUGUUGUAGCGAAAUUGUACACUCUUUCCAACUUGCGGAAACAAAUUUUCUAUUAUGACAUGAUUGUUCGUCACGUGUUGGCUGCUCCCUAAAGUUUAUAACUUUAACUCUUCUGCAACUCUAUAAAGAUGCCCACCGUCUCCUAAAUGAGGGCAAGCGGUGUAGGCUGUCGUUAAUUAUCAGUAUGGGUAGAUCUCCAUGCUGUUCAAAAGACGCAGACCUCAAUCGCGGGGCCUGGACUGCUAAGGAGGAUAUGAUUUUGAAGGAAUACGUCAGAAUUCAUGGCGACACCAGCUGGAGAUCGGUCCCCAAAAACGCAGGUCUGAAGCGGUGCGGGAAGAGCUGUAGAUUGCGCUGGUUGAACUAUCUUCGCCCUGAUAUCAAGCGCGGAAACAUUUCAUCUGAUGAAGAGGAGCUCAUAAUUAGACUCCAUGGCCUCCUUGGCAAUAGGUGGUCGCUGAUUGCAGGUCGAUUGCCUGGUCGAACAGAUAACGAAAUCAAGAACUACUGGAACACCCAUUUGGGUAAGAAGAUGCAAUCACAAAAGAAAACUCUGGUAAAACUGGAAAGAAAAGAAAAACCUUCUCCUCCAACUGAUGAUGGUAAAUUUAAGGUCACUCCUGUCAAAGCAACGGCAGUCAGAGCUCCAAAAGUUUGCAGCAAAUAUGUGGACAGUGGUUAUUCAAAUCAAUCUACUGAACCUGUACAGACUGUGAAGUCCUCGAGAACUUGGACGGAAUUACUGCAAGAGGAUUUCAUUACAGACUAUAACUCUGACUUAAUGGACUCUACGAUGGCUACUGAAUCAGGAUCUCCCUUUCCUGAAAUAAGUGGUCAAUAUUCUCCUGAUGAUUUCAGAAUCGAUGAGCUACAGGGAAGUCCUGGUAAUUUUAUGCAAAUGUCUUCUCUCUAUAAUAGCUUAGGGCAAGGUGAAAAUUUUACAGAUGAUGACUGGGUGCAUGAAUUGAAAAAUCUCCCCAUGUCAAGCCUGCUACUUUCCGAAAGCCAGGGAGACGAUUUUACACAGCUUUCAGAAUAGAGUUCUUUGUGAUCAGUGAUGUUGACGAGAGCCAUCAUGAUCUAUCAUUAGAUCAAUUGAACUAGGCCUCCAACCCAGCUUUCAUAAUACAGCUAAAUAACUAAACUGAUACAAAUUUAGUAGACUAUCAUGUUUCUAAUGUUCAUAAUAAUGUACUAAUCCAUAUAAAUUACAUAACUGAACUGUUUGUCUUU